CCUAUUCUAUGAUUGGUCGGCUUCGGGGUGGGCGGGCAGAUGUUGUUUCCAGAGUACGGAAGAAAAAUCUGGAAGGUUCUGGAGGUGGAGCUGCACCUACAAGAGAGGGGCCGAGUAUUUACGGGAGCAGCAUACGGACAAGCGAUUGGUGCAAAGUUAUCUCUGUAGGGCAACAGAAUACCCACUAACAUGGGCAAAGAUUACUACAAAAUUCUCGGGCUCUCCAAAGGAGCAUCGGAGGAAGAAAUUAAGAAGGCAUAUAGGAAGCAAGCUCUCAAAUAUCACCCAGAUAAAAACAAGGACCCGGGAGCCGAGGAUCGAUUCAAAGAGAUUGCCGAGGCUUACGAUGUGCUCAGUGACCCUAAGAAGAGGGAAGUAUUUGACAAAUAUGGAGAAGAGGGCCUGAAAGGAACUCCUGGUGGGGGUGGAGGAAGCAGCUGUCCCAAUGGGAACUAUAGCUACACUUUCCACGGUGACCCUCACGCGGUCUUUUCUGAAUUCUUCGGUGGUCGUAACCCAUUCGACAGCUUCUUUGGCCGCACUGAUGAUGAUAUGGAAACGGAUGAUCCCUUUGCUGGCUUUGGGGGCUUCGGAGGGAUGGGAGGCAUGGGGGGGAUGGGAGGCAUGGGGGGCAUGGGAGGCUUUCCUCGGUCUGCACCAGGUCGACGGGAGAAUAUCCCCAAAAAGCAGGAUCCUCCAAUUACACGUGAACUCCCGGUAUCCCUUGAGGAAGUGUUUAAUGGUUGCACAAAGAAAAUGAAAAUCUCGCACAAGAGACUGGGGCCGGACGGCAGAAGUGUGCGCAACGAGGACAAGAUCCUCACCAUUCAGGUGAAGAAAGGUUGGAAAGAAGGCACGAAGAUCACCUUCCCUAAAGAAGGCGACGAGACUCCCAGCAACAUUCCCGCAGAUAUUGUCUUUGUGCUGAAGGACAAGUCCCACCCUGUGUUCAGAAGAGAAGGAUCUGAUGUGGUGUAUACAGCCAAGAUCAGCCUGCGAGAGGCUCUGUGUGGCUGUUCAGUCAAUAUCCCCACGGUGGAUAACCGCACAAUCCCGCUCACAUUUACUGACAUCAUCCGUCCCGGAACCAAAAGGCGAAUAACUAGCGAAGGACUUCCCUUACCAAAAUCUCCUGACCAGCGCGGUGACUUAAUUGUAGAUUUCGACAUUCGUUUUCCCGAAAGGCUUACGGCCAGUACCCGUGAAAUGUUGGAAAGGGUCCUUCCUGCAUAAGGAACAAGCCUUUGCCUAAGGCACCGCGACCAAAGCAAACUGGUUAAUUGUACCCUAUCUGCUCAAGGGGGCGUGGGGGAGGGGGGAGGGAUGAUGGUUGGGGUGCCAUAUCUCAAUUGGUAACCUUAAUAGUGAUCACAUAUUCAUUUUCCCACCCCCAUUUAUAUGUUUAUUCCAUGAAUCUAAACUGCACUUUGUUAUAUUAAUGGACUUGGGAAAAGUUUUAGGAGUGGCAAUGCUGAUCAUUUGCAUUAAAGGAGAACUAAAGCCUAACUAAAGAAGUAGCUAGAAAUCUUGUAAAUUAUGUUUUGUGCUUCUGUACCAGCCCAAGGCAACCACAGCCCUUUAGCAGUAAAGAUCUGUGUCUCCAAA